AUGAAGAAACCAAAGAGCAUUUAUUUAAAUUCAUAUCAAACAUUGAUAAUUGAUGCAAACAAACAAAAGAAACAAUGUACUGCAAUUGUUUUUUAUCAUAGAUAUAAAUGUGACUAUGUUUUACAUCCAAAUAAUAUCUUAGAAACCAAUAAUCUUCAAUCGAAUAUCUAUAAAAUUACUAUAUCUGAACAAAUAGCAAAGGAUAUUCUAAAGGAUGAAAAAUUUGAGCAUCUUCUUCAAUUGAUCCCGGAAUCUAAUGUAAUUAAACUAAAGAGAUGUCCAACUUUGGAACAUAGACUGCCAGGGAAUUUGACAUCGUUGUCAUUUUCAUCAGAAUUCGAUGAGCCAUUGCUUAAAGGAUACCUUCCACCAAAUCUAAUUACACUAAAGUUGGGCGCCGCAUUCAAUCAACCCAUCGAAGAAGAUACUCUACCAAAUACUUUGAAAACAUUAAUAUUUGGAGAAGGUUUCGAUUAUCCAAUUGAACCAGGUGUACUCCCAGAAUCUUUAGAGGUUCUAAAAAUGAUAAACCGAGACUAUGAACUUGGUUUUCAAGUGGGAUCGCUUCCUCCAAAUCUAAGAGUUCUAACAUACUCUGGAUCAUGUGAAGAGAUCGGUCUAGGUGUUCUACCACCUUCACUUGACACCUUGAAAAAUGUACCGUCAGGAUGGAUUUCAGAAAUCAACACCCUUCCCAACCUGAAAUCACUGUCAUUGUUUAAGCAUCGAUUUCAAGAACCGAUUGUUGUCAGUGAUCUGCCAGCUUCUCUCACUAGCCUAAAAGUUGAUUACUCAACCCAAUUAACUUCUGCAAUGCCCUCAUCAAUCAAAAAUCUAAAUAUUUGCACAGCGGAAUACGAUGUUGAUGAGAUAUUCAAUGAUCGAUCACAAUAUCAUUUGGAAACACUCACUGUUGAUGGAAACAAAUUAGAAUCACUCGAAAAAUUGGAUAUCAAACAUAUGUAUUUGUCAAGUUUCAAAACAAAGGGAAGAAACAAGAUGAGAGACAUUCCACUUGGUGUCGAAACACUCCGUUUCUCUAACAACCUUGUUCCAAUUGUGGAUCCCAAUUCGAUUCCAAUAACAGUUAAAAAGAUAAUCUUUGAAAACAACUAUACAAUGGCUACAACAGGUUAUAUUCCAAAUUUUGUUGACGAGUUGGUAGUUAAAUCGAUAUCAAAAACACGAUUCCCAAAUAAAAUAGUACCAGAUUCAAUUCGUACAAUAACCACUACAUCUAUGGACGACACAAUAAAGAGCUCCAACAUUUGUGUUAUGCCAGACAAAUAUCACAAAAUAUUAAUUCGAAAAAUAGGCAAACAAUAUCUUGUACUUGGUCAAUCUAAUAACAAUUUCAAAGCAGCAAUCAUCAACAAAAUAGAACAAGUAACAAAAUUUUUACAAAAAUAA